AUGCUGCGGCUGGUCCUCUUCGGAGCCGCUCUUCUCGAUCUCCCCCACACGUCCUCCACCCCCUCUCGUGUCGCGUCGAGCCCCAGAACAGUGCGCUGCUUCCCCAGUCACUUCCGCUUCAGUGCCACAAUCGACGACCCGUUCCCCAAUGUCAACCGAUCGCGUCUCCAGACCGCCAAUGCCAUCGACAGCUCUCGUUUGCUCGAGCCAUUGCCACGUCCCAACGUCUCUACUGCCACUGCGAGUCGAAAGUACCGUCGGGACGUUCAGCAGGUGACCGACUCGAAGCUCUCGUCCGUCCACGUCGCUCUCUCGUGGGCACAUGUGAUGCACUACAACGCAGCGACGCAACGGAUGGAGCACAACGCUGCGGGACUGGCGCUCUACAGCGCACAGCUCGACGCGCUGCUCGCACAGGGACUGGAGCCACUGGUGACGCUCUUUGACUCGCGUCUGCCAGCAGCAGCACUGGAGAGGCCAACAAGUAGAGCUGCAAACGGCAGUGCCGAGUCGAUGCUGUGCUGGUUGGAUCCGUUCAUUGUGACGCACUUUGGCGACUUUGCUGAGGUCGUGUUCCGAGCAUUUGGCCAAAAGGUCAAGUUCUGGGCGACAUUCAACGAGCCACUGACGUUCAUUACAAGAGACUAUGGCGACGCCGGUGCAGUCGACGGAACAAGUGCAUUGGAAGCAAAGGCUGUGCAUCAUGUGCUUCUCGCACAUGCAAAAGCUGUGGCUUUGUUUCGUGAGCUCCAGCGAAGCGACGCAAGUGCUGCUACAGCUGGUGCUGCUGCUGGUGGUGGUAGUGUUGUUGCGGCUGCUGCUCGCAUUGGGAUGAUGGUCCAUGUUGAAGUGAGGGACUCGGUACAUGAUGAUGCAUCGAGUGCUCUUGACGUGGCCGAGCGUACGAUUCCGUGGACUGUCGACUGGUUCGUGACGCCACUGCUCACCGGAGACUACUCGGAAAGGAUGCACAAACGCCGAGGGGCUCAAUUGCCACAGUUUAGUGCCGCUGAAGCUGCGCUGGUGAAAGGCUCGUACGAUCUCUGGAUGCUCAAUUGGUUCGCCAUGCAACAAGGACGUGGUAUUGAUCGAGGAGGACGCAACGAGACACGAGCGAGUAGUGCGGCGUGUGUGUCUCUGACAAAGAGCUCCAAGUGCUCGGGGCGAGAGGCUCACGUGGCGGACUACUUCCAUACCAUUAAGUGGCUGCAUGAGAAGGACCCGUCGAUGGAGAUUUUGCUGACGGAGAACAAGUGGCGAGCAAGUGGUCAGGCCGAUGCAACGGAUGAGCUGCCACUGUUUCGAGCUCUCGUGGAACGAGUGUACAAAGCUGUUGUCGAAGAGGAGAUGCCUAUCAUUGGGUUCCCUGCAUGGACGUUCCCAGACAUUAACGAUUGGGACUCUUGCAACCAAAGUUACAUCAUGUCUUCGUCAACGAACGGGUCCCAUCGCGUUGGAUGUCCAGCAGCCAAGUGGCUGGUGCAUCUGUUAACGACCAAGUGCCUCGACGGAUGGGAGCACGAAGUCGCCGAGAUGGACGUUAAUGGAGACAAAGGAGCAUCGAGUGGGACGCAGCCUGACUUGGAGAUCCAUGGCAUGGACGGCGCUGUCCCGUGGUCGCUGGGAGAAGUGGCUGUUUUGAUUGUGAUUGGCAUCUUUGUGUUAGCGGCCAUCACCUGCGAGGUAAUGCGUGAACUCCAGAUGAGCAGUCGAGGCCGUUCGGAAGAGCUGCAGGUGCUCAUUACAGUCGAAGGUUAA